GAAAAAAAGGGGAAAAAAAGCACUCCAAGAUGGCGCUGCGCACGGUUAGCGCUGCUGCCCUGCUCACUGGGAAAGAUUUAGGGGUCAGUAAUGCGAGGACGUUUGUCACAACAGCAUUCCUCUGCAGACGGGUACCUCCUUUAGGUCCAAUGCCAAAUGAGGACAUUGACGUUACAAAGCUGAAGUCGUUGGAGAAGUGUCGCAGCUACAAUCGUUACUUUAGACAAGCUCAGGAAGCAAACAACAAACCCGUCUGGUGGAAGACCUACAGGAGCUACGUGGAAAAAGCUGAUCCUGAGCAUGGUGCAGAGCGAGUGGACAUUGGACUGCCAUACCAUCAACCCAGUCAAGAAUAUAGGGAGAAGAAGCAGCUGUUGAAAGACAACAAGAAGAAUGUUGAGCUGGAGAGGGCUUUACGUCUGCGCACUUUUAAGAUCCCUCUGGAUCGAGUGCAGGAAACCUGGGAGAAGAGAGCUGCUCCAUUUCAUAUAAAGAGAGUUGCAGACCACUAUGGAGUCUUCAGAGAUCUUUUCCCCAUGGCAUACUUUCUACCUCAUGUCCCACUCCGCAUCUGCUAUGGUCAAGACAACAAUGGUCAAGUGUAUUAUGGGAAUCGGUUGACACCAACAGAAGCAGCAUGUGCCCCUCAAAUCAGCUUCAAUGUGGAGGAGGGCUCCCUGUGGACCCUUCUGCUCACUUGUCCAGAUGAGCAUCUUCUGGAUAAUGAUGCAGAAUACAUCCACUGGCUAGUAGGGAACAUACCAGGCGGAGCAGUGCAGGCCGGAGAGGAGCUGUGUCACUACCUGCCCCCUUUCCCUGCCAGAGGAACAGGCUUCCACCGCUACAUUUAUGUCCUCUUCAAGCAAGAGGGACCCAUCAACUUCCAGGAGGAUGUCAGGCCAUCGCCAUGCCAUUCUCUGGAGGAUCGUACCUUUAAGACAGUGGAUUUCUACAGAAAGCACCAGGACAACAUCACCCCUGCAGGCCUGGCCUUCUUCCAGUGCCAGUGGGAUGAAUCUGUCACCAACACCUUUCACACGACACUCAACAUGAGGGAGCCAGUGUUUGAGUUCAUCCGGCCUCCAGUGUACCACCCUCCACAGGUCAAAUUCCCUCAGGGACAGCCCCUGCGGUACCUGGAUAGAUACAGAGAUGGAAAGGAGCACACCUAUGGAAUAUAUUGAUUAUGAGACACACACUCGCACAAACACACACACACAUUACCCUGCAAAUCUGUAGUGAUGUCUGGCAUAUUUAUGUUUACCAAUAAAGCAUUUUUCAACUGUG